CGAAGAACGCUUUGGCCGGAUACGGACCAAUGGUGAUGAAAGGGGCCUAGCCUAAACAAUGGCAAACGCCGAUCGUUCUCCGUCGCCUAAAAUGGCAUGUGGCUCGCCGCGAUUUGAUCGGUUUCAAGCUUGGUAUCCUGAGCGUGUCCUCUGCAUGGUACAUCGCAACCUUCUGAUUCAACAUCCAUAGUUAUGGCGAAUACUUCAUUUUGGGGCUUGGAUGUGAUAAUACCAGUGGGGAAUCGAAUACAACAAGGUUAUCGGUUCCUGCCAAUAGUUGGUCACCUUGCGACCCAAUGAGUUGGUAGUACUAAGUAUAUGGAUCGCCCUAACACAGCUCCCGCCACUGGAAACGAAAAUCAACCUAUCCCCUGGCCCGGGCUGCAAAUGAAUUCCGCAACGGAUAGGUGACCGACUUCCGCCGCCCAGGUGUAAGCGAAAGCAUCUCGAAUGUUGUGACGGGAAGGUAACCGUACUAAGCGCCAAUAUAUCUGUUAGCGAGAGUCCCACAUAUAAAUUAGCAUGGUGCAGGAGCGUGUCCCCUGCCCGCCCCCAAAUUGUAUUUCCCUUGUCCUUGCUUCAAUAUGGGUCAAUUCGACAAGACAAUCGGAACCCUGAUGAUAGGUAUCGUCUUCAAUACUUAUCUUUACGGGCUGGUAACAUUCCAAUUUGCCAAAUAUUAUCGGACCAAGUUCAAUGAUCCACCUGCAAUCAAGUAUAUGAUCUUGUUCCUGUUUAUUCUCGAUACCGUUCACAGUGCUGCGGUGAUUUACAUGCUCUGGAACUAUGUCGUGACCAACUACAACAACCCUCCGGCAUUGCUAAUUGGUGGAUGGCCACUGUUAUGGACGCCAUGCGCGACAGCGCUAGCUGCGGUCUGUACCCAGGUUUUCCUAGGAUAUCGUAUAUAUCGCCUCAGCAAGAACAGGAUAAUCUACGGCAUCAUCCUGGCCAUCACCAUCCCCGCGUUCAUCAUCGGCAUGAUUGUAGGCAUUCGGGCGAUGCUGAUUUCCGUGCUUGCGGACUUGCCGCAGAUUAACAACAUCGUCAUUGCAUGGCUCUCUGGCCAAGUGGCUGCGGAUGUCAUGAUUACAGUGGUCCUCACUUACAUCCUCCUCCGCUCGAAGACGGGUUUCCGCAAGACGGACACCGUUCUAAACCGACUGAUCCGCGGUGCCAUUCAAACUGGUGUUUUUGCCAGCAUCUUCUCGCUAGGCGACUUGUUAACAUUCCUUACAUUACCGGAGACUAACUUGUACGGCAUGUUCGCCAUUCCCAUUGGUCGUAUCUACACCAACACACUCCUUGAUACUCUGCUCGCUCGAGAUGAAUUGCGAGACAAACUUUCCGGCGCUUUGGACACUAACACUACACUCGGCGGCCCCCGUAGCACCAUGCGUUGGGCGAACAAAGCCGAACCGCAAAGCGUUCAGCUCACCGAGAUCAGCGUACGGCAAGAUGACAUGUCGCUCCACGACGAGACAACGGAGCAUCACGACAGCGUCGACAUCAAGAAGGCUAGUACUAUGGCCGUCUGAUCAGCUUUGCCUCGUGAAUCCCGUCUUCACCUCGCAUCUUACCUGAAGAAUGUGUUUCGCUGUCGACUCGUUAAGGCCAAGUCGGCCGUAAUGCUAUAAUUACUGUGUCUAUCGAUCUUGUCCCUCUCAUCUUCGGCAUCGUUUUGUUGCUUUCUACUGUAUAUCUUGCAUUUGUUAAAUUCGUUAGUCUGCUUGUUAUCUUGGCUCUGUACUCGUUGUUCUGUGCACAUUAUUCGUUUACCAUUCUUGCAAUGACAUCAUGUUUUGUUCCCAUAAGAUUCUCGCUAGGCAUAUGAGUUGCUUCGAGUUCUGAAGGCUAACAGUUAUGGUACACGGAUUCUUGGAUAUUUGUAAAGUAGGGUAACAAAAAAACAACAAGAAGUGUCACAAGCAACAAGCUGGUAUCGAAAGAAAAAUCACUAAACCGACAACACCCCAAGAAAGCAACAUAAAGAGAGAAAGCAGGAUAGGAAUAAGCAUAGGUACGUACGACCAGCGUGAAAAAUAGAUGACCUGAUAUGGACAUAGACAUAGAUAACUAGAAACAGGACCCAAAGUCAAAACAACACGGUAUUCGUAUAUCCAAACACAAACCAUUGUCCGUUUCGGUCCCCACAUAACAGUCGAAUCCCGACUACGCAGCUUGUGCAACCCGGGGGGCCGCGGCGACCCUGUUGACCUUUUUCAAAACAGGCGUUUUGCCAUUCGUAACAGCAGCAGCAGCAGCAGCAUUCGUCGCGGCCAUCUUCGCAGCACGUAACAUCGCGCUCUUAUUCUGACGAGGAGCGAUCGAAGGUGCCUGGAUACUGCUACGACGAGACUUCGCCUUAGCGGGUACAGCAGGUGCAUCCGAGGAAGAGUUUGGCGGCGAAGUCGAAGACUUGGUGGUUGUGGUUGUGGUGUUGGAGGACAUCGUGCGAAGGACGUUCGGACGAGAGGUGGAAGCUGUAUUACCGAUGGAUUGAGCGGAUGCUGGGCGGGAGACGGAAGGUCGAGUUGUCGUCGUCGUGGGUGGUGGUCCGUUCAUUGAAUUACGAGAGGAGGAUCGAG